UUAACUUCAUUAGUCACGAAUUUCUUUUAACGUGUUUUAGAAAAGAUCUAAGUAGCGCAUGAACGUUGGUGGCUUCAAGGGUAUUAUGGAUUAGAACCAUGCUGAAGCUUUUUUCUUUUUUCUUUUUAAGAUUUUAUUUAUUUAUUUAUUCAUGAGAGACACAGAAAGAGAGGCAGAGACGUAGGCAGGUUCCUCGCGGGGAGCCCGAUGUGGGACUCGAUCCCUGGACCCCAGGAUCACGACCUGAGCCAAAGGCAGACAGACGCUCAACCACUGAGCCACCCAGGCGUCCCAGGAAACACCCGUCUUAAACAAAUCCUGUUACCUUUUCUGCUGCCUCUUCUACCCUCCCCCGCCCCCUCUCCCAGAUUUGGGGCUUCUGCUUUGGGAGUUGGCUAGUAGACACAUUAAUCUGCCUGGUCGAUUGUCUUCUCACCAGAUCAAAGCCCAAAGCUUCAUCUCCUUUUCUUGACUUCGUUGGUCUCUGUUGAGGGCUCUCAUUUCUCUCCCUCCCACCCCCACUCCCAUUCCCCCUUCUUCCCCUCCUUCUCCCACCACCUCUCUCCCUCUCCCUCCCUCUCUCUCCUGGCUAGCUUUUGGAGAUAUUCUUGACUCGUUCUGUUCCCUUUUUCAUGCUCAAUCACUGACCAAACCCCGUUCGUUCUUCCUUCAUUGUACCUCUUGUACUGUGUCUCUUUCAACUGUCAUCACCAAGGUAGAUGCCACAGCCUCAGACCACACCUCAUUAUCCAAUUAGUCUUUCUCCAGCAUAACUUUCACCAUGACUUUCUCCUGGACUGGUUCUCCACUGAGCAUCAGAUCAUGGCCAAAGUCCUGAAGGAGUGAUUCCUAAGUCCUUGGAAUGUGGCCUCAGCCUAAGAUCUACCCAUAUCUCCCAUUCCUUUCCUAGGACCCAUGUAGGUCUUUACUGCUCCUCAGGUAGACCACGCUCACUUCGAACUCUAGCUCUUCCCUAUAAACCUUGAUCAAAAUAAUUUUCUCAGUCCUUCUCAUUUGAUCACUUACUUAUAUGUCAUAUUGUGCUCUUUGUGGGCUUUUGUGUAUGUGUGUCUCCCUCAGUAGACUCAGCUUCUGAGGUAAAGGAGUGUGUUUUCCAUUUCUUUUGUAACCCCAUUGGUACUUAGCAAAGUGCUAGGUGCCUGGCAGAUACAGUUGGGUAUACUUUGAGCUGCAAGUAUCAGAAAACCCAGCCUAUUAGCAGCUUAAACACGUAGAAGUUAAUUUUUUUCACAGAACAAAAAGUUUAGAGGCAAGUGUUUGCUUGCUCUACCAUCCAGAGUGAAUUGGCUUUCAGCCUCAUACUGGUUGCCUCGUGGCCACAAGGUGACUGCUGCACCUCCAGGUAUCACAUCUGAAUCCCAGCAGGAAGGAGGAAGAAGGACCUAAGGCCUCUCCUCAGGGAACUUUCCCCUGUUAUUUGAGAAGGGAGUGCUCUCCCAGGAGACUGACCCUUUCAUCCCACCAGCCAGAAUUGUGUCAUGUGCUUACUCUUAGACCAAUAACUGGUUUAGACCAAUUCUAAUUCGAGCCCAGGACUGGGGCUGACAAAGAUCCUCUCAUAUCAGGGAAAGGGUCUUUGCCAACUACCUGAACAAACCGAAGUUCUGUUAGCAAUCAAGAAGCAGGGAGGGAGGGAUCCCUGGGUGGCGCAGCGGUUUAACGCCUGCCUUUGGCCCAGGGCGCGAUCCUGGAGACCUGGGAUCGAAUCCCACGUUGGGCUCCCGGUGCAUGGAGCCUGCUUCUCCCUCUGCCUAUGUCUCUGCCUCUCUCUCUCUCUCUGUGACUAUCAUAAAUAAAUAAAUUAAUUAAUUAAAAAAAAAGAAGCAGGGAGGGAUAGCUAUUAGGUAGGCAACUGGCCGUGUAUACCAAAAAACUCAAUAGAGACUGGUUUAGAGAACAAGUAGCUUGCUCUUUUUUGUUUGUUUGCUUUGUUUUGUUUUGUUUUGAACAUCAUUUUUAAAAAAGCUUUUAUUUGAGAGAUAGAGAGUGUGUGUGUGCAUAUGGUGCAGAGGGUAGGAGACGCAGACUCCCCGCUGAGCAGGGAGCCCGACAUGGGGCUCGAUUCCAGCACCCUGGGAUCAUGACCUGAGCCAAAGGCAGAUACCCAACUGACUGAGCCGCAGGCACCCCCAGCCUGCUCUGGUUUUGAGUCAGGUUCUGAGAUGUGGAGGGUUUGAGACCAAGAGUUUUCCAGAAAAGGCCAUCUUCCCUGUGCCCACACAACUGCACCCAAGUGUUCCCCAGCUCUGAGUUGGAAGGUCAGACAGACUAAAUGGGCUCUCAGCUGUGCUUUCCUCAGAUUAAAGGAAGAGUCUGAGCAGAGUGUGGUGCUGUCCCAUUGAGUGACUGCUAGGUGAGUAGUUUCUCCCGGUGGCUCUACUUCCAGGACUGAGUGAGGAGUAAAUGGAGAGGCCUGCUUCACCAUGGAAGAAACCAUUCCUGUCUUCGGAUCUUUGGUUUUCAUGUAUGUUUUCUGAAGUAGGUCUGAAACUGAAUUUGCAUCCAGAGAAAAAAACCCAGAAGAGGAACCUUCCAAAGGCAAAUUAUACAGAGUGCUAUUUAUUAUGGCAACAAAAAGAAACCACCCAAACAGCCAAUUAUUGGGAUCUGGCUAAGCAGACUGUGAGUUUUUGUAUAUUUGGCUGUACUAUGGUCACCAGGUUUGACAACUUCAUGAAUUCUGCUGGCACACACACGAAAAAUAUUUGUAUGGACUGAUGUUAAGAGAAAAAAGAACAAAAUAGUCAUGGUUCUGAGCCUCUGUCUCCCCUUCACAGAAUAGGGUAUGCCAGUACCUGUCUCCAAGGUUGUGGGAACGGAACUUUGGGAUAGACAAAGCCUUGGGCUUGCCCAAUGCUGGGUGUGGGGGUGGGAUUGUAGAGGAGAGUAGUGGCACAGGACAGUCCUGUGUGUGGGUAAUUGGGCAGAAUCAAUACAAAAAAACCCAUAUACAAUAGGUCUGAUAUAUUUGACCAAGGUGAAGCACCUAUCACACUAGGAUUCGCCAGCUUCUUCUACAGUGGCACUUAUGUCCCGAUGGAAAUGUGGGCACCAGAAGCCUCCGAAGUAAAUGAUUGGGGAACGGGUGGCAUACUUUCUCCGAGAAGGGGCACAGAGCAAAGGUUUUCACAUUGACACAUCGUUCACUCUGUCACAACUGCUCAACCGGAUAGGCGAUCACAUUGGUCUGUGGCUUUCCUCGGGGAACUUUAUUGCCAGGCUGGUUUGGCGUACAAGCUGGGUUUGCCCACCCCCCGGCCCCAUCUUCGUCCCCUGCCCGGCCUGCAGAGGACUUUCUUGGUUGUAGGGUUGAUGGGUGUCUUCUCUGCCUUAAGGUUCUCUAUUCAAGACGAGUAAUCUCGGGCCAAGCAACACGCUUUCCAUCCUGCCAGGGAUCCCGAAAAUCCUAAUGACCUUUGCUAGUGGCUGAAUCAUUCAGUGCAUCUUUCCUCCCUUGUAAGAGAGCAGUUACAGUGGGUACCUCAACCUUAGUAUUGUCUUGAGGAUGUACGAUUAGUUUAUACAGUGCUUACAAGAGGGCCAGCGAUGACUCCACCAGGAAAGCAGGCUCCAGGCCAGGCCAGGGGAGGCGGGACCAGAGCAGCCGGGACCAACGCCUGGACUCGCUCACACCGAAACCCGAAACCCGAAACCCGAAACCCAUAGCCCCUCCAGGGUGAACCAACGGCCUUCGACUCUAUUGGUCAGGGCCUCGAUGGGCGGGCCAACAAGGGGCGCGCUGGUUGGCUGGGGACGGACCAAUGAGGAGGCGGCGGCGCGGGCCUCAGAAGGGUGCGCCAACCGCGCGUUGUUUGAGGCCAUCUUGUGCUGCGCCGCGACGACGCCACGUCGCCCUCCCGGGGCUGGGCACCGCGCCUGUGGCAACCGCCGGAGUCGCCAGGACACCUCGCGCCUCCCUCCACGCGUCGCACACCGCUCGCCUCCCGCCUCUCCCCUCUCGCCUGUCGCCGUUGGCGCCUGGACCAGGGUGAUCGUCUCCGCGGAACCCCCGGCUGCCAGGCCUCGCCAACAUGAGCGCCCCCGACGAGGUGUCUGUCUGGGGAGCGGGUUUCGGUCCGGAGGGCGGGGAGCAGGCCAGCGGAGCCCCGCGGGGACCAGGACUAGGUCUGGAUCCCGGGCCGCCUCGGAGCGGCGAGGGUGAGGGCGGGUUCCCAGACCCCGAGGGCUUCGAGUCUGAGCGGGAAGUGAUGGAAGCGGGAGGGCCGGUGCUUUGGGGCCGCGAAGGCCGCCCCGGCACCCCGGCCGACGACAAGGGGGACGCCCUGGACUACGCGUCCCACCUUGCUGACGAGUCCGGGGCCGCCAUCGUGCAGCAGCUGACCGACCCGGAUGCCCUGGGCGUGCGGAGAAACCCAUCCCCAGAGAGCUGCGCCGCUGAAGGGUCUGGCGUUUGGGCGGGCCUAGAGGCAGGGCCCGGUGGUCGAGGCGCGCUUGCCCUGAGCCGCGGAGAAUCGCAGCCGCCUUCCGCUGUCCCGCUCCACCUCGGUGGGCCCGAGGGAGCCCGGCCCCGGGGGAACCCGAGAAGAGGUUCCAAGAGCAGGUCCACCGUCAGGGUGGAUCGCCAGCGGCCCUCCGCCAAAGGCCCGGGCCGGCGGCCUUCCGACCCUGAGUCAUCAGAUGAGUUCGGUGAGAUACAGCUGAUGAGGGUGAGCAUUUACUCCAAAGAAAGAGGCCAAGCCAAGCCCAACAGCCCCGAGGAUCCCGGGGACACACCCAGACAACCGAGUUUCCAUGUCAGGGAGAAUUUCCUUCACGUGCCAGGUUCUUUCCUGUCCUCGGCUCCCCGAGGAUUCACUUCGGUUGUGGAGAGGCAGGCCGUGGGAGAGUUGGACAUCUCCUCCUCUAAGAAAAUGCAAAGUGUGGUCUGGGGGAAGGGAGGGAACAGGCCCAGCUACCCAGUAGCCGCCGCCGCCGCCACCGCUGCUGGCAGCCUGCCCCCGGCCACCCCUAGGAAGAAGGUGGCCCAGGAGAAGAGAUCCGUAGGGGGGGCCUCAAAAGUUACCCAAGGGAGAAGCUUUCCUCCCUGGGGGCAGAGAGUCUCGGCAGCUCCCCUGGAACCAGCCACCUUUCCCCCAAUCUCUGGGGUUCCGCUGCUUGGGAGGAACAAGAGGUAUUCCUUGGUUCCAUCGGGAAGCAAACAGUCCAAGCACACCGGCCGCUCCCGGAAGAAAUCUGGGCCCAGGAGGACACGGGAGUCGGAGCCAGUGGUGGUGACAGGAGAAGGCAGUGACUCAAACAGAGACACAGUGCCCAAGGGCCAACUUCCAACACACAGGCCAGGGCCAUGUUGUUCGGGCACGCAUCGUGGAGAAUGCAGCAGUGGCGACCUCGACACCAGAGCCCCCGAAGUUCCAGGAAGCUCCGCGCCCUCAGCCCUGAGCCAGGGAGACGUCAUGCCCAGAGGGCGUGCACCCUCCAGUGACCAGGAGCCGCUUGACCACCUCCCAAGACCGGAAAGGCUGCAGCAACCACCUGGAACACAGGGCUGUCCUCGGUGUCUCGUGCUACAGAGAGAAAUAGACGACCUGAAAGAGCAGCUUGCCAUGCAGUCCCUGACUGACAAGUUCCAGACCCUUUGAAGUCGGGCCCAGCAUCUCCGUACAAGAGGAUCAGCUGGUACUUCUGGAGCCAGGAAGUUGUGGCCAAGCUGGUUCCCUCCUGUUCCACCUCAGCCAGGGCUUCCUCUCCCUGUUCUUGUGCCCCCUCCCCACCC